UUGUAGCGCGAAAAUUGUGCUGACAGAACUUUUCCGGCAUUUUGUGUGGAAAAGCAAAACGCAUUGGAAAUCCAUCAAAAUCUUUUGCAUCGGUACACCAAAUUUCAUUAUGAGCGACGAAACGACUCACGAACCACCGGCAAAUCCAGAAAUUCAUUUUGAACCGAUCGUCAGUCUACCAGCGAUAGAAAUAAAAUCUCUCGAAGAUAAUGAGGAAGAAUUAUUUCAAGUGAGAGCCAAACUGUACAGAUAUGAUACAAACGGCGAUGAAAGCGACUGGAAGGAGCGAGGAGUUGGUGUUCUAAGGAUUUUAAAACAUAAACAACGACAAGCUUUUCGAGUUCUAAUGCGACGAGACAAAACACUCAAAAUCUGUGCAAAUCAUCUCAUUACUAAAGAUAUGAACCUAAAGCCAAACUGCGGCAGUGAUAGAGCAUGGGUGUGGUCUGUAGCAGCUGACUUUGCUGAUGAGGAAUGUAAAUCUGAGACUUUAGCUGCAAAAUUUGGAAAUGCAGAAAAUGCUCAAAAGUUCCGGGACAAGUUUGAAGAAUGCCAGAAGUUACUAACAGAAACUAAGCCAAAAGAAGAACAGGAAAGCGAGAAAUUAGCGAAAGAACUUGAAGGGUUGAAUGUGAAAGAAAGUAAAGAAACAGAAAAGGAAACUGAAAAAGUGGAGGAUAAGAAAGAAGACACUACCGGUGAAGCAUCGACAUCAACUGAGAAAGAAAAGGAUUCAAAAGAAGAWAAAAAGAAAGAGGAUGACGAUGUGCCUGAGAAGUGAAGACAAACUGAACAUUUGCUGUAGAUCAUCAAGGCUGGUAUUACACAUUAUGCCAUGUGAUGUUUCAAUUCUCCUGUAAAGUGAAAAUAAUAUUAUCAAACAGGCAGCAAGUUACAGAAGUACCAGCCAGCAUAAAUCUCUGUAUUAGUUUAUCUAUUAUAUAGUAUUACCUAUUCUAUUUUAUGAUAUAUUUUCACUUUCCUCUGUCAGAUUAAAUUUGAGCUGUGUUCUUCAAUAUGUGUUUAAAUUACUGUAACAUAAAAAUACAAUUUCUAUUGAUACAGCACAGCUCAUUAAUUUAUCAACAUGCUACUGUUUAUGCUAUUUAUCUUAAACCCUUUAUAUAUAUAUAUGCUAUUAGUACCAAAUUGAAAACUCUUGUUAUCAAGACAACUAACUUAAGCAUUGAUAUGGAUGUUUGCUGUGCUGUCAGUCAGAAUGACAGCCAAUCACUGCUGUUCAUUUGCUGUGCUGUCAGUCAUAAUGACAGCCAAUCACUGCUGUUCAUUUACUAUGCUGUCAGUCAUAAUGACAGUCAAUCACUGCUGUUCAUUUACUAUGCUGUCAGUCAGAAUGACAGCCAAUCACUGCUGUUCAUUUACUGUGCUGUCAGUCAUAAUGACAGCCAAUCACUACCAAUCACUGCUGUUCAUUUGCUGUGCUGUCAGUCAUAAUAACAGCCAAUCACUGCUGUUCAUGUACAUGUAUGAUCCAUAAUUGAAUCGCUUUUUGUGGUGCAAGGAUUUUUAACUGCAAUGAGAAUGCUAAGGGAAUAUUGAUGUAUUUGAAAAAAUUAACUAAGAACAGCAGCAAUAAAACUCAAAGUGAAAUAAUACAUAAAUAUUGAAACAUGGCUUAGAAGAGUCUAAUGUCAAACAGUUUUGGACAUUGAACUCAUUUGCUGCAACUAUGAAGUCUCCUUUAUACCAUUUUUACCUUGCACUGGCAUUGCGUUGAACAGUGCAAGAAAGAAUGAAAAGAAAACUGCAGCUUUCACUAAAAGGCCUGAAUUAAAAUGAGAGAGCGCUGGUAGAACUAUGACAAUAAGUAUUUUUUUUUUUCCUGAUACAUUCUUAAAACUAGUAUAAAGUAAUGUAAUUUAUACAAGAUUUUAUUAAGCAUCUUUAAUGAUUAAGUCCUAUUUGUAAAGAAUAAUUUUAAAUGCUGUUUAAGACUAAACUGAUAUUUUGUGUUGAGUCCAGGAAUAAAUUGAUUAAAGUGAUUGUAAGUAAGUGUAAGUGUAUUAAGUGUUUAACAUCAGAUGCAACCUAUUACUGAAAUGGUUCUUUAUGCGGUUACAUUAAAAUUGUAGAGCCAGUAAA